AUGCUCAAGUUCGCCAAAAAGGUCCUCCGGUACUCCAAGAUUGACAAGCCAAAUGUCCAUGAAUUCGUCCUUGUUGGUGGUUCCACACGUAUCCCUCAUAUCAUCAAACUUGUGUCCGACUUCUUCAACAGCAAGGAGCCCAACAAGAGCAUCAACCCUGACAAGGCCAUUGCAUACAGUGCUGCCAUUCUUUCCAGCAACACCUCCGAGAAGACUCAUGACCUCUUGCUUCUCGAUGUCACUCCUCCAUUGCUCAGUAUUGAGACUGCUGGCAGUGUCAUGACCGCCCUCAUCAAUCACAACACCACCAUCCCCACUAAGAAGUCCUCGACAUACUUGGACAACCAGCCUGGUGUCUUGAUUCAGGUGUACAAGGGUGAACAUGCAUGCACAAAGGACAACAGCUUGCUCGGCAAGUUUGAGUUGUCUGGUAUUCCUCCCGCACCCUGUGGUGUUCCUCAGAUUGAGGUCACCUUCGGCAUCGACGCUAACGGUAUCACAGCAAAAUCCCAACAUCACAUUCCACCCGCAUCAAGUCACAGCAACUUCCUACACCCGGCCUCAUUAUCCCACAAGUGCCAGUCUUGCAUCCAAAUGGUACCACCAACCCAAAGUCCACGUCCUGAGAUAGGGUAUGAAGACGAUUUAGAAGCAGCACAGCUGUUGUUGGAAAUGGUUCAAAAGAAGUGCGGUUUACUUCUGGAUCUCCUGGACGAGAACGACACUGGCAUACACCCGGCAGCAAGACUGACGCUCAAACAUUACCUAGAAGGGCAACGUGUCAUCCUCACCUCACCGAAAAUGCACUUUAAGGAGAGACAAGAAGUCGUGGCAGCAGCUGCAAGGGAUGAAGGCAUUGAAUAUGCAUACCAUUGGUGGUUAUGUGGGGUUCAGCUGACAUGCAAAACUCUUGUGUGGAACCCUAUGAGCAACUUGGCAACUACAAAUUAUGGAUUUCUUGUGUAG